GUAACCCCAAGCGGUACCCGGAGAUUUGGGCGCUGAUCGAUCAAAAGGACGACGGCUCGAACCCGGACCCGGGACCCCCGCCGCCGCCGCCGGACGCCUACGCCCCGAUCGAUCGCGCCGCCGCCUGCGCGAGGGAGAGGCUGAUCUGAGUUGGAUCAUCCUCGGCACUCAACUUCUCUUCAGCAAUGGUGUUCUGUUAUCACUGUCAGGAUGACUGCCCGUAUAUACAGGACCCUGACAACGGGAUCACAUGUUGUGGAAUGUGCGGGAAGGUUUUUGAUGAGCACAUUUUUGAGGUUGGGCCUACUUUUGUCAAGAACUCCUCGGGACAGAGCGAAAUGGCUGGAAAAAUAAUUGAAGGCGUUGGGAGUGGCUGUUCUAUAUCCCGUGAAAGAACUGAAGCAAAAGGGAGAGAUGAGAUUUGGCAGAUUGUCCAUGGUUUGCAUGUGAGCGGUGGAGAUGAUAUCAUUUGCACUGCUCAUAACUUUUAUAAACUAGCUCUUGAUAAUGACUUUACUAAGGGACGUCGAACAAGUCACGUUGCAGCCGCUUGUCUUUACAUUGCCUGCCGGCGAGGUGAAAAACCUUAUCUUCUUAUUGAUUUCUCAGACCAUUUGCAAAUAAGUGUUUAUGUCCUAGGUGGUGUUUUUCUGCAGCUUUGCCAGGUUUUGUUACUCGGAGAACACCCAAUUGUUCAAAAGCUUGUAGAUCCUAGCCUUUUCAUCCAUCGUUUUACUGAACGUUUACUGGGAAAAAGGGACAAUGCUGUCUCGGACACAGCUUUACGCAUUGUAGCUAGCAUGAAGCGAGACUGGAUGCAGACUGGGAGGAAGCCAAGUGGUUUAUGUGGUGCAGCAUUAUAUAUCGCGGCACUUUCUCACGGAUAUGAUUACACCAAGGCAGAUAUUGCUGCUGUUGUGCAUGUCUGUGAGGCAACGCUAUCUAAGCGCUUAGUAGAGUUUGAAAAUACAGAUUCUGGUAGCUUAACGAUUGAAGAUUUUUUGGCAAAGGCUGAUGAAGAGACGGUUCCAAAAUGUUCAGCCAAGUAUGGAGACGUCCUUUGUGAGCACAAGGGUGCUGAGCAUUUUUCUCAUGGACUUUGCGAGGAAUGCUACUACAAUUUCACUGAGCUGUCAGGUGGACUGGAGGGUGGUGCUGACCCUCCAGCUUUUCAGCGAGCUGAAAAAAAAAGACAUGCUGCUGCUAAAAGAGCUAAGGAUUCUUCUGUAGUCGACACAACAUUAUGUGAGUUACAUAGUUCUGAUGUUGAGCAUAACAUCAUGAGCCCUGGGAAGAACUGUGUAGGCAAAUCUUCGACAGGUUGUUCCAGUCAAACUGCAAAUGAUUUUGAAGCUCCCAUCGAUCCUGAAGUGGAAGGUGAAAAUGGUAAAGCUGAUUCUGAUCCUGAAAAUCUUUCUGAUAUUGAUGAUGUGGAGGUUGACGGGUAUCUUCACAACGAGGAAGAAACACAGAACAAAAAGAUUAUCUGGGAGGAAAUGAACAAAGAAUACCGAGAGGAACAAGCUGCAAAGGAAGCUUUAGCGGCUGAAUUGGCAGCGAGAGGUAUAUCUGUUGGAGAGGGACAACCGAAGAAACGGAAACGUAAGGAGGACAAGAACUCCACACCUGCUGAAACACCAGCAGAAGCAACAUGCAACAUGUUGAAACGGAAGGGACUUGGGUCAAAAAUCAAUGUUGAAGCUGUUAGUGGAUUGUACAAUACUGAAGACGAAGUUGGCAAAGCAAAUGGCAAAGAUGACAUACACUUUGACGAGGAAUAUGAACAGGAUAUCGGUUAUGGUGAAACAUUUGAUGCUAGUUACAACUAUGGUCACGAUGCUGAUUACAACUAUGAAGGCUAUGUUGAUGAGGGUGGUGGCGGAGUCUAUGAUGAUUAUCAUGACACUGAUUACUAGUAGCAGUUUUCUGCAGAGUGGCAACCUGACCAAGAUCUGUUCCGACUACCAAGGCGAACUGAAAAUCUUAUAUUCUACCUAUACCAAGCUAAGACUAAGUUAUAGUAUAUGCGUAAACUGACACCGAAUAGAUUUGUGGACCACAGUAAGACUGCUCUCUAAGAAAAGUUUCCGGUGCAAAGUUCUAAAAAAUGAGUAAUCAACAGUAAGACUGAAGAGACCGAUACCUUUAUCAAGGACCAUUUUCUUUGUAUUUUUUAAAACAUCAUCUGAAAUAACAGUUACAUCAUUUAUGAGCAUGUUUGCAAUUUCAUUCAAAGGGAAAAUUACAAACAA